GCCAAACAAAGCCAAAUCCAAUGCGGACAAAUUGAUCAGUCACUAGGCCAUUAUCUCUUAGUAUUCUCACAUCAGCUCUAUCGGUAUGCCAGUACUUAUUGAAAUACACGUCGCGCGGGAGGAAAGCGAGUCGGUACGUUUGACCUCGUUGAGCUCUGAGGCAAACGGAUGGGGGUACAUACAAACGACGCUCGCCGCUUCAUCCAUAUUCCAACAGUACUUUCGUGUCUCCUUGGCACUUUGCGUUGCCUGUUUCUCUUGCUCGCAAUUUUUCAACGCUGCGACAAUGCACCUUUCGAAAUGGGCUGCGCUAUCCGCUCUUUUGGUUUUCUCAUACCGCGAUCCUCAAUGCUUAUACGUGCCAUCGACAUGCUAUUGAUGAAAUGACGGUGUUUCCGCUCAAGUAUGGCUCGCGCUAACCAUGCUGAACAAUGUGAUAUUAAUGAAGGACCGCUUCUGCAAUACAUGUUGCAACCUGGAUAGUUCCAUUUGACUCAUUAGUGUAGCGUUUACAUGACAGCGAUUGACAUACAAGUAAGCCAUUCGGGCUUCUCACUGGCACGCUUCACUAGGCGCGGACGAGAGGCAAGUCCCUUCCCACACAAUGCCUUGGAAUCGUGUCAAUUCCGAAAGAGCUUAUUGCGUUCGGUGGGAACAAACAAUAUCGCUCCAU